GCAAUCAUUCUUAGUUCUUGCUUGUCUUCAAGAGAGUGAAGACGUCCUCAGUGUCCUCAGCCAUGAAGUCACAACAGUUUUUGACAACUGCUCUGGUGGCACUGUUGGCAAUGGAGGCCUCUCUGGUGACCUGCAUCCCUUCCAGGGUUGCCAACAGAAUGAUCCCCAGCUGGUGGUAUAACGCCAGGGAAAAGAAGCUGUGCAAUUCUUGGGCCGAUUGUAACCAAGGAGAAUGCUGCGCUAGGCCUAUGCAGUCGUCCCACUCCUACUGCCUUGCUUUCAAGAGCAGAGGACACAGCUGCGAUGCAUCAGCUCUGCUCCUCGACUUUCAGAAUGAGAUAUACUUCGACAGCUGCCCUUGUCAGAAGCAGCUGACCUGCGCGAACUUGCAUUCCAGCUCAAUUUGCGUCGACACAGAGGCCCUGGACGAAAUGAUCAUCGAGGCUAGACCUUCGCCUCAACCUGUCAAACUAUAGAUCGUCUUAUACACUGUUCAUCAUUCGGAGAAUGGUGGAGUUUCUAAGGAGAAUCGGCAGGAAAAGUUGCAAUAGAACACCCUCUUGAGCUGAUCAACGCCUGGUUUUAGUUGUGGUUUAGUUUUUUUUAAUACGUUUCUCUCUCUCUCUCUCAAAGAAAAUAAAUUAUGAUUGUAGAACAUUUGUGACAUGGAACAGCCUUUCUUUGGCAUAUAAAAUCUCCCAGAAUUUGUACCUUUCGAAGGGAGCCACACUGUUAUUUGGUAAUUCUUAGCUUUUUGAAAGUUAUUAUAAUAGUGGCGGUUAUCAAGACAGAAUUAGUAAAAGAAAUAAUUGAAUUCGAGUAUAUUCUUUAGGUAAAAAAAGGCAAGAUAACUCUCUGAGCAGUGCUCUAUACAAAUUGUGAGUCUAGGGUUGUGGUUUGUUUCAUGGUAUUGUAUUAGAAAUUUUACCAACCUGUAUCUACAAAUUUCUUUCUUUAAUCUAUGAUUUAGAGGUAUAAUUUCCUUAACUUGUCACCUAGUUAGUUAUUUCUUACCUAGUACUUUCUGGGCAUACAAAAAUAAGGGCGAGGGUGUUUUGUCUGUUGUAAGUUUAAUACUUGUUAUAUUGUGUUGUUUAGUUGCAUCCUCUGAUAGAAUUUGCAGGAAGAGUUUGUUUGGGUGUUAAGGAAGCAGUCAAAAUUAGUGUCUAUAUUUUCCGGCAUAAAAACCAUUAUACAGGAUUUUGUAAUGUAAGGACUAUUCACCUUGAUAAGCUAGGUUCAAUCUGUGUCUUCUUCUUCCCAGUUUAAUCUAUGAGUUUCAGUCUAUGUAAUGUUUCACAUUAUACCUCAAGCUUAUCCAAACACUUCAAUAGAUAUUAUGAUUCUCUGCUAAUUAAGAGAUUCCUUUCAAUUCUAACUCGUGGUUGAAGUGACAAGCGUCUGUUGUAACGAACACUUGAUUAAAUUUCCAAAUACUUUCAGGACUUAAGUUUAAAUUUGACACAAACUGUUAUCCUCAAUGGAUGCCCUUUCUUGUAAACAAAAAUAUCCUUCGCACGAUUGUCCUACCUUGAACAGGCUGGGUAGUAGGACUAGUUAAGGAUAAGUGGAUCAUUACAAACAGAAUCUUUUCACUAAUUCUUAGCCAUUCGCCAUCAACCAACUUCCUGUAAUGUAAUGAAGACGUAAAAAAACAAAUCUAGUUUUCUGCAUCAGAAAUAAAACUUCGCAAACUU